GUGCCAAUGCUAUAUACAUACAUGCAUAGGUCUGUAUAGAUAUACAAAGAUAUAAUUAGAUGUUUAUAAAUAUAUAUCUAGAGAAAAGCAAGGGAUUGCAAGGACAGGAUACCAUAAGAGUAACCCUCUUUCUAAUCACUCAGAAAAAAAUAUGUUGGCAUUGUCUAUUUGUCAAUGGGGCUUUGAUGUCUUGAACUCAAGAGGUAAGAUAAUUAAAUACUAUAAAUUGCUAUUACUUUUCUAAAAUCAUUGUAGACAUAGAGGAGAAAAGGAUCUGCUUCAAUGAUUCUUCCACAAUAGAGUAUGAAAGAGUGUGAUAUCUUUUACAGAUGUGCAAAACAGGCGUUAGAAGGAGAAAAGGCUUAUCAAGGUGUUCCCCUGCAAAACAAACUGUUCCCAGUGCUCUGCGUAUAGUGCUUUGUCUAAUGUGCUGACACCAGUAUUGUUAAACCGAAAGUCCAACUGUUAUAUUCCCCUUCAUUCCAAAAAAGUUGAGUAAGAGGUUGGUGCUACGUAUUUAUUUUCUGUCAUCUGUAAGAUUAGUAUUUGUUUUUUAACAAUUUUUUGGUUAACUGCUGCCACAGUUCCCAGAAUCAGUGCUACAGAGGGACUACAAAAUACAGUUGAUACCUGCUUCAUAAAAUAGUUGCUUUAGAAAGAUUUCUUACGAGGUUCUUUAAUACAAAAAGAGCUGAAAUCCAGACAGGAAAGCUGGAGUGGGGAGGAAUGUAUAUUGCAGUGAACCUGCUCCUUGGAAACCUCAAAAAAGGAAUUGAGGGACUGAAAAAAUUGCACUCAUCUCCUGAACAUAUCUGGAAAUCAGAAAGGAGCAUGCUGCUUGGUACUAAGGAAGCUUGAAAAGUGUAAUAGGUAAAAGAUUUCAAAUGACAGGAAUUUUUAUCCUAAACUAAAUUAGUUGCAAUAAUUUUAACAGAUGGUUUUUACUUCCAGAGGUGCAGUGAUCAUCUCUAGGACUUGAACCCACAAAGUCCUAAGGUUCAUUUCAAGCAUUCUGAGUGUGGUGCCGCGAGAGAUGCUGUUGUCCAUGAGCGGCUGGGAUUACCAUGAUCAAGUGCUGUAUUUUGAUUUCAUCCAGUGGCUGAGAGAUUUCUGGGGUAAAGAGGAAGUACUGAACUUUUAAAACUAUUAAACAGGCCCGUGACGGAGGGUUAGCCCAGAUCAGUGGAGUCAUGCGUCACACAGCUCUAUCAUACUGGCAGCCGUUCCUGGGUCUGGCUGUGCUGCUAAUCUUCACGGGCCCCACCAUGGGCUGCCCGGCCCGCUGUGAGUGCUCGGCACAGAACAAGUCUGUCAGCUGUCACCGAAGACGUCUGAUGUCCAUCCCAGAGGGCAUUCCCAUUGAGACCAAAAUCUUGGACCUCAGCAAGAACCGACUGAAGAGUGUAAACCCUGAGGAAUUCACUUCAUACCCUUUGCUGGAGGAGAUUGACCUCAGUGACAAUAUUGUCUCCAAUGUGGAGCCUGGAGCCUUUAACAACCUCUUCAACUUGCGCUCCCUGCGUCUGAAAGGAAAUCGUCUGAAGCUGGUCCCCCUUGGGGUGUUCACUGGGUUAUCAAACUUAACAAAGCUUGAUAUAAGUGAAAACAAGAUUGUCAUUUUGCUGGACUACAUGUUCCAAGAUCUGCAUAACCUAAAAUCGUUGGAGGUUGGGGACAAUGAUUUGGUGUAUAUAUCACACAGGGCCUUCAGUGGGCUGCUUAGCUUGGAGCAGCUCACCCUGGAGAGAUGCAACCUCACAGCCGUACCAACAGAAGCUCUUUCUCACCUCCACAACCUCAUCAGUCUCCAUUUGAAACAGCUCAACAUUAACGCUUUGCCGGCGUAUGCCUUUAAAAGACUGUUUCGCCUGAAGGACCUACAGAUAGAGGCCUGGCCCCUCCUGGACAUGCUACCCGCCAACAGUUUGUACGGUCUCAAUCUUACUUCCCUCUCCAUCACCAACACCAACCUGUCUGCUGUACCUUACUCUGCUUUUAAACACCUAGUUUACCUGACACAUCUCAACCUGUCUUACAAUCCCAUCAGCACCAUUGAAACAGGCAUGCUGUCAGAUUUAGUGCGCCUGCAGGAGCUCCACAUGGUGGGGGCCCAGCUGCGCACCAUUGAACCACAUGCUUUCCAAGGGCUCCGAUUCUUACGUGUGCUUAACGUGUCCCAAAACCUGCUAGAAACCCUAGAAGAGAAUGUAUUCCAUUCCUCCAAAAGCCUUGAGGUCCUCUGUAUUAACAACAACCCUCUGGCCUGUGACUGCCGUCUCCUUUGGAUUUUGCAGCGGCAGCCCACCUUGCAGUUUGGGGGUGAGCCACCGAUGUGUGCUGGCCCAGAUAGUGUCAGAGAGAGGUCAUUCAGAGACUUUCACAGCACAGCUCUUUCCUUUUACUUCACCUGUAAGAAACCCAAGAUACAAGACAAGAAGUUGCAGUACCUGGUAGUGGAGGAAGGGCAGACAGUGCAGUUGAUGUGCAAUGCUGAUGGGGACCCACAGCCUACCAUCUCCUGGGUUACCCCACGCCGGAGGCUGAUCACAGCUAAAUCAAAUGGUAGAGCCACGGUGCUGGGAGACGGCACCCUGGAGAUCCGAUUUGCUCAAGACCAGGACACUGGGAUCUACAUAUGUAUUGCAAGUAACGCAGCUGGGAAUGACACCUAUUCGGCCUCCCUUACGGUAAAGGGAUUUACUUCAGACCGUUUCCUUUAUGCCAACAGGACCCCUAUGUAUAUGACAGACUCCAACGACACAAGUUCCAAUGGAACUAAUGCAAACAGCUACUCUCUGGACCUUAAGACAAUAUUGGUGUCCACAGCUAUGGGCUGUUUCACAUUCCUUGGAGUGGUUUUAUUUUGUUUCCUUCUUCUUUUCGUGUGGAGCCGAGGGAAAGGCAAACACAAAACCAGCAUUGACCUUGAAUAUGUCCCUCGCAAAAACAAUGGUGCUGUGGUUGAAGGGGAGGUUUCUGGACCACGACGGUUCAAUAUGAAAAUGAUUUGAUGGUAUUCUGCUAGCAGUGCUUUUUCUGUGGCAUUAAAACCAAUUAAAACAGCCUGGCAUGUGGAACCGCUAGGCAAAAGCAGCUUAAUGCAGCUGUCAGUGUAUCAAAAGGUUGUAGGAAAAUGGAAAGACUAUUUGUGGUUAUACAACAGAGCCUCCAGACCUUGAGGCAGAUGUGUCAGGGCCUUUCAUAGAACUGGGAAAUUGUACUAACUGUUUGCAUUGCAAAUAUUGGCAUUCUGGGGAUAUCAGCAAUGAACCACUGGCUCAUGCUCAUGGACAAUUGUUCAACAUUUUCUACUGCUACAAAAGAAAAAAGAAAAAAAACAAACAAAAACCUACAGUGUAGGAUUUACAUACUUAAAGAAAAAGACACAUUUGUCUAAAACAUACUCUACAGUGACAUUUGUAUCUAUAUAUCUCAUUUGGUAAAACUUUGCAUCCUCCCUUCUAGUUGGUUCAACACCAUAAAAAAAAUUAGUAGUUUUUUUUCUUUUUAAUCUGCAUCUAUACUGUGUACAUUUUAAAGCAAUACAAAUGAGAGGUUGUGCUUUUAGAUAUCCACCAAUACUGACCCAAGUGUGAUGUCACCCUUCUUUUAACUACCAUCAAACUCAAAUUAGAUUCUUGUAGUUACUAAUUAGAAAUAACAUAAGGUAUUUUUCUCCUCAUUUAGAAGGCCAGAGCUGAACAAUUGAGACUAAAACCAUUCAACUCUGUCGAUCUUCUCUUCGUAUAAAUAUAAGGCAUGUGCCUAGUUUUGAUACAGAUUGGAAUAUUUUUUAUAUCUGUGAUAUCACACUGGACCAGUUUACUGUAACAUAGCCCUGGUUCUUACCCAGGGAAGGCAACCCACUAGUCAAUGCUGGCAUAGAGGAGUUGAGUUCUACCUUGAAGAGAGAGAAUCGUUUUUGUUAGCCCUGAUUUUAAUUUCAAAGCUACUGUUAAAAUGUUAAUGUGUACUGGGCAAAAUAAAGAGCAUAAUACAUUCUGCAGACUCCUUGGGAAAUAUGGUCAUCUUACUAUUUAUACAAAUUAAGUGAAACAUACAAACACUCUACUAUUAGGAAUGAACUCUUCUCCAAUGCCAAGUAAACUGCAGUUGUUCAUGCAUAAUAUGGGGAUUAUACAACUAAAAUAAUUAUUAAAACAUGAUAGCCUCUAGAAGGCUAACAUACUGCCAGAUAUGAUGAACCUCUAGCCACUGUCAUUCUCAUCUUGUAUAUUUGUAGAUAACACACAGACACAAAGCUAAUUUCCAAGAGCAGAUUACUUAGCUAUUCUUGAUGCCAUUUUAAUAAAAACGUGGUUAUGUUUCUUUCAGGGGCAGUAUCUUAGAGCAAGAGGGGUGAGUUAUUUCAGAUUUUAGAAAUCAUUUUUAAUGGAGAGAAGUCAGAAGUAGAAUAUUAGUUCAGUGCGAGUAACCUUUUGUUUGUUUCUUUUACGUCUCAAAAAAAUUUGCAAAAGACUGAGAAAUUAAACUUUAUUCUUAAUCAUUAAUAUCACUAUUCUUAUUUUGAAAUUCUCAGCAAUUGCAAGAUAUGAAAUUAUUCAGCCACUUUUCACUUUUCAAGCAAUUAGGAGCCAUUAGUUUGUCCUACAUAGCUGAUAGCAAAUACAAGUUUUAAAUGAUUGGCAUAAUCUGGAGUAAGGAAAACAAUGCCUAUAUCUAUGUUUAACAAAAAAGAAUAAGAAAAUAUUAUAAGAGAGAAAAUUCGGAUUAAUGUUAUUUAAGAGCCCGUGUUCAAUCUUAAUAUUAGAUUUCAGCACUUUGAAACCAAAGUCAGGCUGACCUAUAAUGGAAUGCAGGUGCUUCUAAAAUUAGUAUCCACAUUCUUUGACAGAGAUUUUCAAAGCAGGACAACAGUCUCCCACUCCUAUCAAAGAAAAUGUGCCAAAAAUUGUAAGAUCCAGCUGUGCUCCCCAGAGGUACCCAUAAAAAAGCUGCAGGACCCAAGGCUAGGCAGUUUUGAGAAUCUCUUUUGUUAGUGGUUGAUCUUUGGUUGCAUUGUGCUCCAUUUUAUGUUGCCAAACUGAGGAGGUUGCAAGGGUUGUUAGAAUUUUGUUUAUUUAAUUUGAUUUUAAGUUUAGAGCUGGGUUUUCUUGCUUCUUUUUUUUCUUAUGCUCUGAACUAGAUAGGUGGAGAUUUAUAGAGAUGCUUGAUGAGAAUGCUCUUUGUUCUAUGACAGUUUGUAGAACAUUAGUAUAGUGGAAUAACCCCUGACUAAAUUCUAACACCAGGGAAAUUAUUUUUGUUGAUGUAAUAACCACUGCACUGACGUCCAAAACUCUACUGUACCUUAAUGUGGACAGUUAAAGAAACAAAUGGGGAUAAAAAAAAAUGUUUCUGAACUGUCCAUUGAAGACAUUUGCAUGUGCCUUUCCCUUGUAAUUGUAAUUUUUUUCAACUAGUAAUCCAUUGCCCCUGCAGUCAUUUCAUGUUAAAUGUUGAAAUCAAUGUUAGAAGCAAAAACUCUCUUAAGUUCUAGACAUUUGCAGCUGAUUUCUUCAUAUUAAAUGACACAAUGAAAAAAAUUCU